AUGGAUAUUUUAUUAGGGAUAAGAGUGAAGGACUCAGUGAUAUUAGCUUCUUCCAAGGCUGUAACUAGGGGUAUUUCGGUUUUGAAGGCCACAGAUGAUAAGACUAGACAAUUGCUACCUCACACAUUAAUGUCGUUCUCUGGUGAGGCUGGUGACACAGUACAGUUUGCAGAAUAUAUCCAAGCUAACAUGCAGUUGUAUUUGAUCAGAGAAAACUACGAAUUGUCUCCUCAAGCGGCGUCGAGUUAUGUCAGAACAGAAUUGGCCAAGUCCCUUAGAUCUAGGAAACCAUUUCAAGUUAAUGUGUUAAUCGGUGGAUACGACACUAAGAAGGAAAAACCAGAAUUGUAUCAGAUAGAUUAUUUAGGUACCAAGGUGGAACUUCCUUAUGCUGCUCACGGCUAUGCGGGCUUCUACACAUUCUCUCUUUUGGAUCGUCAUUAUAGAGCAGAUUUUACUCUUGAACAAGGACUCGAUUUGUUAAAGGAGUGCAUAAAGGAAUUACAAUUAAGAAUGCCUGUUGACUUUAAGGGUGUGAUUGUAAAAGUUGUAGAUAAGGACGGUAUUAGAGUCGUUGACGACUUCUAA